GGAGCAGCGGGCACUGCCCACCCUCCGGAUGUAUAAGCGUCCUGGACAGGGGCGGGCGGUGCGCGCGCCGGUGCGCGUGACGCUCGGGCUCCCGGGCUGUGCGGCCUGGGCGGUGUCCCUCUGUUGGGGCCCCCACAACACAGAGGCCGCGGAGCGAACCGCUCGCCCGGGCCCCGAGUCCUCCGACCAGGCGAAGCUUCUGCGGCUGCUGGGGUCCCCAGCCGGGAUGCACUUCAGCACCGUCACCAGAGACAUGGAAGCCUUCGCGGCCAGCAGCCUGAGCAGCCUGGGGGCCGCGGGGGGCUUCCCGGGCGCAGCGUCGCCGGGCGCCGACCCGUACGGCCCGCGCGAGCCGCCGCCGCCGCGCUACGACCCGUGCGCCGCCGCCGCCGCCCCGGGCCCGCCGCCGCCGCCGCACGCCUACCCGUUCGCGCCGGCCGCCGGGGCCGCCACCAGCGCCGCCGCCGAGCCCGCGGGCCCCGGGGCCGGCUGCGCGGCCGCCGCCAAGGCGCCGGUGAAGAAGAACGCCAAGGUGGCCAGCGUGGGCGCGCAGCUGGAGAUGAAGGCGCUGUGGGACGAGUUCAACCAGCUGGGCACCGAGAUGAUCGUCACCAAGGCCGGCAGGCGCAUGUUCCCCACGUUCCAAGUGAAGCUCUUCGGCAUGGACCCCAUGGCGGACUACAUGCUCCUCAUGGAUUUCGUGCCGGUGGACGACAAGCGCUACCGGUACGCCUUCCACAGCUCUUCCUGGCUGGUGGCUGGGAAGGCAGACCCCGCCACGCCAGGCCGCGUCCACUACCAUCCUGACUCGCCUGCCAAGGGUGCACAGUGGAUGAAGCAAAUUGUGUCCUUUGACAAGCUCAAGCUGACCAACAACCUGCUGGAUGACAACGGCCACAUUAUUCUCAACUCCAUGCACAGAUACCAGCCUCGCUUCCAUGUUGUCUACGUUGACCCACGCAAAGAUAGUGAGAAAUACGCCGAGGAGAACUUCAAAACCUUCGUAUUUGAGGAGACGCGCUUCACUGCGGUCACUGCCUAUCAGAACCACCGGAUCACGCAGCUCAAGAUCGCCAGCAACCCUUUCGCCAAAGGCUUCCGAGACUGCGACCCCGAGGACUGGCCUCGGAACCACCGGCCCGGCGCGCUGCCGCUCAUGAGCGCCUUUGCGCGCUCGCGGAACCCCGUGGCCUCCCCCACGCAGCCCAACGGCGCGGAGAAAGACGCGGCCGACGCCCGGCGGGAAUUCGAGCGCGACGCGGGCGGGCCGGCGGUGCUCGGGGACCCGGCGCACCCGCCGCAGCUGCUGGCGCGGGUGCUGAGCCCCGCGUUGCCCGGGGCCGGCGGGGCCGGGGGCCUGGUUCCGCUGCCCGGGGCGCCCGGAGGCCGGCCCAGCCCCCCGCACCCCGAGCUGCGCCUGGAGGCGCCCGGCGCGUCGGAGCCGCUGCACCACCACCCCUACAAGUACCCGGCCGCCGCCUACGACCACUACCUCGGGGCCAAGAGCCGGCCGGCGCCCUACCCGCUGCCGGGCCUGCGCGGCCACGGCUACCACCCGCACGCGCACCCGCACCACCACCACCCCGCCGUGAGCCCGGCGGCCGCCGCCGCCGCCGCCGCCGCUGCCGCCGCCGCCGCCGCCGCCAACAUGUACUCGUCGGCCGGGGGCGCGCCGCCCGGCUCCUACGACUACUGCCCCAGAUAAUGGGGCGCCCGCCGGCCGCUCCAGCCCGGUCCCCGCACAGCCCCGAGGGCCGCCGAACACGCUCCCCCCCGGGGGCCUCCGCGGGCCUCCGCUCCCCAGCCUCGAAGCCAAGGGGUCCUCCACCCUUCAGCCCGGAGCUGCCGAGGUGCCCGGGUCCCCAGUCCCGGAGCCGCCCAGGCCCCCCGGCCCCGAGCGAGGGCCACGGGCUCCGCGCCCGCCAGUGCCAAAGCGCCCGGUCAGCGGCGGAAGGAAGUGAUAUUUAUUGUUCUCCGCGAGACCGCGUCGCCCCCUCGACCCGGCCGGCAGCUGCAGUACGGACGGCCCGAGAGCCCCGUCUGCAGGCGGUGUAGAUACGUGUAGAUAUUUGUAGAUACUGUAGAUACCGCGCCGGCGCCGACUUGAUAAACGGUUUCGCCUCUUUUGGAA